GUGGAUACACCCAGGCAAUGGCUUGUUUACACUCGCCUUCUCAUCUUACGUUCCAUGGCGAUAGCACUACUUUGCACGUCAUCUCAGACGCGUCCAUCUACUCACUUACCUGUCAUCACAUACAAUCUACCAUCAUCAGUGAAGCCAGUAAAGCCACCCCCCAUACAAACCAUGAUAACAAAACCUUACUAACCCACACUCACCCCAGACAAGCACUCUCCCUCACAAUGCACUCCAACACCACAAUCGUGAUAAUCCUCAUUUCGAUACUCAUUUUCACGGCCAUAAUGGUCUACUUCCUCAGGAUCUGGUGGCGUUACAAACUCAGAACCAGCGCCCACAACGGCCGCUUUGAACGGCGUCGAACCCGCCAACCCGAAGUCGCCGUCCAGAAGAUUGAGCUCGCGGACAGAGGAGGCAAAAGACACUGGUUAGAGUGUCGGGAGGCGGAGAGGAAAAAAGGGGGCGAGAAGAAGGCUGGAAAAGCCGGUCCUUCUGCGCCGGGUUCAGGGCGCGGUGGGAUUCCACCGGGUGGUGGUGCUGGCCCUGGUGCUGGCAGUACUGGCGAUUCUGGUGGUAAGCCUGCAUCUCAACAUCCUAGCAAGCCUGCGUCGCACAACGGAUGGAGCCCUCAGAUGUCUGCAUCCCACCCCCCUAGGAACAGAAACGGAAUGCCGGCUCCCCCGACUCCAGCUAAAUUGCCCAGCAAGGCUUCUUCGCGAAACGAUUGGGAUAAUCAGCAAUAUGCCCCACAAUCUCCUAUCAAACCUCCUUCGAACAGAAAUGGGAUGCAACCUGCUCACGCUCCUGCUGUUAAUUUUCCUAAUAGAAUUACGCUGCAGGAUCAAGGGGAUAUUCCGCUGCGUGAUGCGGAACCUAAUAGCAAGGCUGCUUCCGUUGGGGAAUGGGAACAGAUUGCCCUCAAUCCUCCGGCCAUACCUGCAGCUAGCAAACAGGGUUCGAAGAGGAGCUACAGGCCUCGUAGUGCCGCGCGAGGUCCAAGUCAGGCGGGUUCGAGAAGGGGGCAGCCUCAAUAUGGGGUGGAUGCCAAUGCGUUGAUGGCGGCUCUGCAACCGAUGACGGGGGAGGCGCAAGCACCAGAGGAUGGGUGGUAGUUAGGACAGAUAGCUUGAUGGGAUUGUAUUGGUGCCUGUACCUGUGGAAGCUG